AACUUUCGUUUUCCUCUAUUUUCCUUCUCCACUUUCUCUCUUCCCAAACAACCAUGGGAAUCUCCUGGAGCAGCACCGCCUGUAACAGAAGAAGAAACCAAAAUUACCCCCACAACCCACCUCCGCCACCUCCUUAUUAUUACCCUCCAGAACCCCCAUCUCUCCCUCCUCCUCCUCCUCCUCUAUACCCAUCAAGCCAUCCCUAUCCUGCGCACCCUCAAAACCUUUAUCACUUGCAUCCUCCCCCAGUUCAUAAUUCUUACUAUGGUGCGCCGCCGCCUCCCCCCUAUAGUUGUGGUUACUCAAAUCCAACGGUCGGUCGGUUCCCUUAUCAGUACCAUCAUUCUUAUUAUGCCGGUCAGUCAAGCGGAUGGCCCGCGAUCACCAAUCCUGUGGGUCUGCCUCAGCAGCCGGCUCCGCCGCCGCCGCCAUUAGUGGAGUAUCAGAGCGCGAAGAAGGUCAGGAAUGAUGUGAACGUGCACAAGGAUACAGUAAAGCUUGAGGUGGAUGAAGAAAACCCAGAUGAUCACUUGGUUUCUUUCGUUUUUGAUGCCCUGUUUGAUGGGAGCAUCACCAUCUUCUACUUUGCCAAGGAAGAGUCCAAAUGUAGGUUUGUUCCACUAUUUCCUGAAGUGUAUGCAGCUGUUAGAGUUCCAUUUCAGAAGGGACUUGGCCAGAGAUUUCAACAACCCUCAGGAACAGGCAUUAACUUAGGCUUCUUUGACUUGGAUGAACUCUCAAAGCCAUCAGGUGCAGAAGAUGUUUUUCCCAUUGUAAUAUCUGCUGAAACAUUCCUUCCUUCUCAUUCAAGCAAUGAACAUCUUGAUAAUCCUGUGUCAAGUACCUCAACCCACAUGCAAAUUACCCAGUCUGUUAUCGAGAAGAAUAAUAGUAACUCUUUCCAAGUGAAAGUGGUAAGGCAGAUAUUGUGGAUUGAUGGAGUUCGCUAUGAGCUUCGUGAUUUAUAUGGGAUAGCAAGCUCAGCGCCAGAAGAAGGCUUUGAAGACAGUGAUCCAGGGAAAGAAUGUGUCAUCUGCAUGACUGAACCAAAGGAUACUGCUGUAUUACCGUGUCGUCACAUGUGCAUGUGCAGGGAGUGUGCUAAAGAAUUAAGGAAACAAUCAAAUAAGUGCCCCAUAUGCCGUCAACAUAUUGAAGAACUUAUAGAGAUCAAGUUUAACAGUGAUCAGUGAAAGGUCCUACCAUCUUUUUGAGUUGUAAUUAAUGUCAACUUCAUCAUUUGCAUAUUUUGGAUUCUAUUAAUCGCUAGCCAAUGAUGCCAUCCAACAAUAUGCAUUUUAAGGAUGAAAGUGGCUGCAUGUGGACAGCAUACAUAUACACGUAUAGUUAAACCAACUGGGGAAUCAUGGCUGUCUUGCAUUUCCAUGUUAUUGGCCAAGCAUAUAUGUUGGGUUCAUGCCAAGAAGAGAUACAGGUUUUCAUGGUUGAUUGUGUAAAGUAUGCAUCUGUUGGAGCAACUCUUUUUCCCUUUUCUCUUUUUUUUUUUUCCUUUAUUUUUUAAUUCAGAAACAAUCUGUAUAUGAGUGAGAGACGGAGAAAUAAACCUUGUUUUUAAUCAUCAUUGCUAGAUGUUUUAAGUUUCAGAAGAAUAUGUGACAAUCAUGUGAAAUGUUCAAAUUCUUUACUUUGUUUCUCCGUUAGCUUGAUUCUCUUCGGUGUGUUCUUAACUAGUGUUCUCCUUUGUCGAAGCUUUUAAUCGACUUGCACUGAUCUCGAAGAUUCGAAGAGCAACAAAAGUAGGGCUGCUGCAUUGGAUGAACAUUCUAGGCUUGGGGAGCAGCCCAAAAGAAAAAGCUAGGAGAAUAUCAGCAGCCCAAAAGAAAAAGCUAUAGGGGAAUAUCUACCAUGGAAGUUAGCAGCCAGCUUAGAGACAAUCUUUGAAUCCCUGCAGCAGCAAAGCUACGUGGUUCGCAGUCGGAUACUCAGUUUGAACACAACCAUUUUUUCAACAUCAUCAUUCAAAUUCUAAGUUUUGUAUCCAUCCUAUCAUAGCAUAAAUCUUCAACUUUGAUUCAUGAACACCACCCUAAUCAUGUUUGAUGUCUGGAUUUAGCAUUUUACCUAUGUCUGCUGCGUUUCUAUCUUGGAAACCAGAAAACCCAGCAUUGAAGUUAGAAGUCGUGCUGUUAAUGAAGGUUGGAACUGCAGAUGAAAAUGGUUGCUGAAACAAGG